CCCGCCCCACUCUUUCUUUCUCUUUUUAAAGGGCCAGUCCGAGUUCUUGGAUAACCGUUGCUGGCUGAUUCUUCAUUCGUUAACAAGAAUAAGCAAUGGCAAUGGCUCCACAUCAAAACCUCGCCCUGAUGCUACUCCUGCUCUCACUCUACGCAACUGUCUCAAACUCCCAAAACGCAUUUCCAACACAGCACGGGCUAAUGUACGAGAAAAAUCCUGCAGAAUCGUCUGCACAAAUGGUUGGAUUCUUUGGUCAACCAAAGGUUGAGAUGCCAGAGGCGCGCGAUCCUCGCUUAAGUAGUUCUGCAGGAACAAGUGGUGGUGAAGCAGAAGCAGUUACAGAUACAGACGUUGGUCACAGUGGUGGACAUAGGAAGUCGGGUGUUGUAAUUGCUGGGAUUGUUUUUGCUGUCGUUGGUGUCGCCUUGGUUGCUACCGGGCUUGUUGCUUAUGUAGUUAAAGCACGUAAGCCACAAGAAUCUUCGAGUUCCGGUACUGGAUUUGUCAGUUUGGCUCAAUGGAGAACUUAUCCAGAGGUUUUGUGAACGCAGAUUUUAUGGUAUGUUCGCGUUGUCUGUAAACAGUUUCUGUGUGGUUUCCUACAGUAGCUUUCCUUUUGGCUCCGAGUUGCAAGUUAGGGAACAUUUAAUGUAAAUUCGAGACUAUGUAUGACUCUGCAUAAUGCCAUGUUUGGUAUAAGCCCCUCAGUUGUUAUCGUCUAUGUUCAUGUUUUUGCAUGUAAACGAUUCCAGUGUGCUCUGGUAUAGUAGCUUGUUAAAUUCUUUGAAUUUGAGUUUCAAGUUAAGAUUUUCGAAAA